AUGCCCCCCACAUCAACCCCAAAAAUCAACAUCACCCCGCAGACCCAACGGCUGGCCAUCCGUGGUGUUCUCGCCUUCUUGGGCCUUUUGAUAAUUCGCGCCCUCUUUUUCUCCUCCUCCACCAGCAACGAAGAGAUUCAAUCUCAUGGUGUUUUGGAGCGGGUGCUAAUGUCCGACAAGUACCUGGACGUGGCGAAAUACCCAUUCUUGCAGUCAAGACAAGGGAGGGAUGAUAGAACGUCCCUCUUUGACGAGGAGGUCAAGGAAGGUGUGCUGGAUUACUGGACAAGAUUCGAAAAGCCCUUCAUCACCGACAAGGCCACCGCGCAUCUCGAUACCCAGGUCAUGAGGACAGUUAUCGACGACUUGCUCAAAUUUCACGGAUGGGUCGCGUCCGCCUGUCCCACAUUGAUCAGGCCUUUUGGUCAGAAUAACAGAGAAGAUCACUACGAGGAUCUUGCUGCCAAGGACAACCUCUACUUUAUCGCCAUUGUCAUCCACUCUGCCGACCAUUUCUUGGUGGACCAGCUUGCCAUUAUCGUUCAGCUCGCGAGACGGCUGGGCACGCGAAAUAUCUUUGUGUCUAUGCUUGACCAAGCUUCUACCGAUUCUACGCCUACCCUUGCCGAUCUGUGUGAAGCGGUCAUGACGAUCCUCGGUAUCGCGUUCCGUAUUCGACGCGUACCUCCCAUGACUGUCGACCCUUCCGCCGCGUACUAUCCCCUCGAAGAGGCAGAGGCGAGAAACCUCGCCCUUGACCCUUUGCAUGAGCUUUGGAACAAGAGGAGCAUUAGGUUCCACCGAGUCAUCUGGUUGAAGGGUUUCACUUGCCCCAACGAUGUCUUGGAGAGCUUGAGGGUUAGCGAGCUCAACAGCGCUGCUAUGGUUUGUGGCAUGGACUGGGCGGAGCACAAUGGAUUCUUCAUUUUCUCCGACAGAUGGAGGACCCGAGACAUCGAAGGCGACCCCUUCCGAGCAGCCAAGUCCAACUCCAAGCCCGAAGCUGGGCCUCCAAGGGACAAGGCUGGUACCGAAAGGUUCUCUCACCACCUUCCUUUCCAGACGUUCUGCUGCGAAUCAGGUACCCACGUUGUCGACCCCGAGCAAUCCUACUACCGCAAUAUCCACUACCGCGCUUCCUACACGGCCCACAACCUGUCUACUACCCAAGAACAGCCCAGGUGGGACCCCGAGACUCCUUGUAUGGACUCGACUCAGAUGUGGUUCUGCCGAGACUUGUGGACUGAUGCCGCCAAGGGUGGCCUGAAGGAUGGUAGCAGGCGAAAGGGUCACGAGAAGCUGGGCAAUCACAAGAGGGACGGCGUUCCCGAUGUCGCCGCGAGGGCUCCCGAGCCAGUCCCUGAGCCUGCUGCCGAGCCUGAGCCUGCUGCUGCGGCCGGUGGUGAGGACGAGGACUCUGGUACCGACCUCGACGCGAUGAACGAAGACGCCGCCAACCCUGCUCCCGAGCCCCUAGCGCCCGAAGAGCUCCCCGCCUCUGCCUUCCUGAUUCCCAACUCUGCCUACACCCCUGCCCGUAUCCUUGUCAACCCUCGGUGUGUCACGACUUAUGGUGGUGUCUCUCACACCCAGCUUGCUCUUGAUCUGUUUGGCGGGCCUCAUGCGGACGAGUCUUCGCAUGAGGGGGGCAACUAUGUGCUGGAGGACUGGGCGGGACCUCCUGACAGCUUUGUGUGUCAGGAGAUGAGGACGACUGGAGGUAGGACAGCUCCCAAGAGUCAGCGAAGAGUUGGAUUCUUGCUCCAGAACGAGGUCGGGAUGUCGAGGACAUGA